AUGCCGAAGGAGAGAAGAGAUAGGUCCUUGUCACAUGAUAGUAGCAGAACAUCACCUUAUCCAAGCAGCUCUAGUCGUGUUAGAAGAUCUGCUCCUAAAACUACUUUAGAGUCCGAGGAAAAUGUCAAAGAAUGGGAAGAUGCUAGGUGUCCGGUCUGCAUGGAACACCCUCACAAUGCAGUUCUCCUCAUAUGUUCAUCCCAUGAGAAGGGAUGCCGCCCUUACAUGUGCAACACUAGCUAUCGCCACUCAAACUGUCUUGAUCAGUUCUGCAAGUCAUUUACAGAAACCUCACCAACAAUUCCUCAAGAAGAAAGUCAAAUUUCAAGCACUAACUCAUCUCAUGUCCAAAGUACCGAAGCAAAUACCAUUGAUAUGCAAGAAGAAAGAAGUGAGGGACUUGUGACAACUCAACCCUUAUCCUGUGAGGAUGAAGCAAAAGAAAAGCUAUUAUGCCCUCUGUGUAGAGGGCAAAUAAAAGAGUGGAAAGUAGUGGAUGCUGCUCGUCAUUUCAUGAAUGAAAAAUCAAGGAGCUGUUCUUGUGAGACUUGCAACUUCAGUGGCACAUAUACAGAUCUCAGAAAGCAUGCAAGGCUUGAACAUCCACUUGAGCGUCCAUCUGCAGUGGACCCAGAGCGUCAGCGUAACUGGAGGAGGUUGGAGCGACAGAGGGAUCUCGGUGACCUACUUAGCACACUUCAAACUUCCUUUGGGGAAAGUAGGGUUGAUGAUGGCAUUCCUCCCAUAGAUGAUGGUGGUUUGCUAGCUGUAUUUUUCCUCAUACUUCAACCUGCUUCUGUGUCUAGGGGGGCUACCACAGGAACUAGACUCCAAAUGCGAAUAAGGAGAUCAAGUAGACUUUGGGGUGAAGGCUAUGAGGAGGAAUCUGCAUCUGCUUCUAGAGAUAAUGCAAAUGAAUCUUCAGAUGAAGGGUCUGAUAAUAAUAGAAGGCACCGUGUUCGGAGACGGACAACACCUGACAAUCAGCCAUGA